AAUAUGGAUUCUGUCGUGGACAACAGCAGGGACGAAAAUGUUAGAUAUUUCGAUGAUGGAAAAACCAGAAAGAAAAUACGUCUCUUGACACGGGACAUCGCUCGUUCACAAAGUCGCGAUGUGUGUCUCCAAGUAAAUGUGAAGGAACUCCUCAUCUAUUGUGUUUAUUUAAUAUUCUUAAGCAUUGGUACACUGGGAAAAAUAACGUCCACAAGAUUUUAUUUCGCCAACACUCUGUCGUCACUUUUUGUACGUAGACAAUUUUCAAUGGGCGAAACGACAAUGAACUUCGAAGGUAUUUCUACAAAGGCAGAAUUUAUUAAAUUUGCCGAAACAACGAUGCUCGAUGGAUUUUACUGGGAUUUUUGGUACAGUCAAGAGGAUCAAGUAAAGCCUACUGAUGAGUCUGACAAAAUUAUAUUAUACGAAAAUCGUAUGGUGGGUCGACCAAGGUUGAGACAAGUUCGAGUGCGAAAUAAUUCUUGCAGAGUACCAGAAAUAUAUAGACGUCGAUUUCCCACGUGUUACGAUUAUUAUAGACCAUCGACAGAAGAUAGAAGACCGUUUGGCGCUGGUUCCGAAGCCUAUAUCUACAAAUCGGCUGAUGAACUCCAAUCUGUAUCGUACGCUGGAUUGAUAAGCUGGUACGGUGGUGGUGGUUACUCUCAAAUUUUACCAGCAGAUCGAAAAAGGGCGACAGAAAUAAUAAAAGAAUUAAAAAGUGGUCUGUGGAUCGAUCGCGGGACGCGAGCCACAUUUAUAGAAUUUACUGUAUACAAUCCAAAUAUUGACAUGUUUUGUAUCACAAAAUUGAUCGUGGAAUUUCCACCGGAAGGAACUGCGAUUCCCAGUUGGUCGAUACAGCCAGUAAGAGUGAUGGAGUUCAGAGAAUGGUUUGAUUAUUUGAUAUUGAUAUCUGAUAUCGUCCUCUUCUUAAUGAUCUUGUGGUAUAUCUAUUACACCGUGGAAAAUUUUCUAUACUUCGGCUUGUCGCAUUUGAUCAGAUUUUGGCUAUGGAUUGAUCUGAUUGUCAUGCUGCUUCUAAUCGCCUAUCUAAGCAUUUCUGUAUACCUUUAUUCGACGGCAAGAGUGUUAUUGAUGAAAUUACUCACAACGGAUGGAGAUUAUGCAGGAUUUGAUAAUCUCGCUAUGCUCGACAUUAUUUACCACUACGUUCAAGCUGUUCUACUAUGUUUCUCAUGGUUCGGAAUUAUGAAAUAUCUCCAAGUUAUCAGAUCAAUCUCGAGACUUCAAGCUACCAUAUCAACAUGUGCAUUGGAUCUCAUAGGAUUGACUUUGAUAUUUCUUAUUGCAUUAUUGGCCUUUGCUCAACUAGCUUACGCACUUUUCAGUCAUAAACUCAAAGAUUUUCACACGUGGGACAUUGCUGUAUUCACUCUGAUCAGAGUUCUAUUGGGCGAUUAUGGAUAUCGUGAAUUGAACGCUCUUGAUAAAGUUCUUGGGCCGUUUUUUUUUCUGAUAUUUAUUUUCAUCAUGUAUUUCAUACUUUUGAGUAUGUUCCUAGCGAUUAUUAAUAACGCCUACAGCAUGUCAAAGUACGAUGGAUACCUCGGAGGCCCAAAGGCUGAUUUUCGUGAGAUUCUUCAUAGAGUUUGGUUCCUGCUGCGCAGUUGCUGUAGAAUAAAAUCCAUGACGGGUCAGGAUGAUCAACGGUUCAAGUCCGAAUUAACUUCUAAAGAAAUAAAAAAUAUACUUAUUAGUCAUAACUUUUCGCAAGCGGAAGUAAAUGGAUUUAUGCAAAAAUUCGAAAUACGUUCUGACGUCGUUGUAACGGAUGCGAUGCUCGAUGAUAUAUUACUGAAGCUUAAUGAAAAUCCUACAGCAGCACUUUCUACCGAUCUACCCGACGUGCCAAUUCUUCGACGAGAAUACAAAUUAUUACAAAAUCGUAUGGCAAAUUUGGAAGAAUUGAUUGAACGUCUCGAUGAGAAACUGCGUGAUAAAAUAAAGUGAAUGAGGAAUCUGGUAUAUUUACGUAAUUUCAGUUUAUUAAUCUUAACACGUUAUUCGCGCAUUUUAUUACAUAUAAUUUAUGUACAUUAAAACUAAUUAAAUAUUUCA